AAUGUUGCGGGUCCUUACCGGUGCUUACUAGUCGGCCUGUGGAAGAAACGAAACGAGAAGGAUCGACAUUUUGUUUUUUUAAAAAAAAAAUAAAAAAAAAAAUAAAAAAAGCAGAUUUAAACGACAAGGAGGUACAUGCUGAGCGGAAAGCACAGAUAGACAGACAGAAGUCGUCUCUUCAAGUUUGUUUUUAGAGAAUAAAUCCCUACCGAGGGAGGCAGGCAGGGAUCUCUGCAACCAAGUGACAAGGAUGGUGGAGUCAGAGAAUUUCGAUGUGACUGUGAAGACUCUGGACUCCCAGAGCCGGAGCUACAGCGUUGGAGCAGAGAUCACAGUGAAGGAGUUUAAGGAGCACAUUUCAAGCUCAGUGGGUAUCCCUGUGGAGAAACAGAGACUAAUCUACCAGGGUCGGGUACUGCAAGAUGAAAAGAAGCUAAAAGAGUACAAUGUGGACGGUAAGGUGAUUCACCUGGUAGAGCGGGCCCCCCCUCAGACGUCACCUGGUGCGGAGACCAGUGGCCCAUCCGGAGCGGGGCUCUCCUCCCCUCACGGCUCUACGGCGCCCCAUCAUGACCGCAAUGCAAACAGCUACGUCAUGCUGGGCACUUUGAACUUGCCUGUCAACCUUAUGGACCCACAGCAGAUCCAGCAUUCAGUACAACAAGUGAUGGCAGGAUUUGGAGAAGCUGGCAGUAAUGCUAGAGUCGGCACCAGUACAGGGAGCAAUGGGUCUUCUGUGGAUGUGCAUAUAGAUAUGGAACAGGCCAUUCAGAGUGAGCCUAGGAUGCGUCUGAUCUUGGCCCAGAAUCUGCUGAGGGACACGACGGGAGUCCUCAACCGAUUGGAGGGACGUCAGGACAGUACUCCUAGCGCAGGCUCCCAGGCCUCCGAGAACCCGUCCACCCAGCCUCCUCCUCCUCCUCCAUCAAUGACAGGACCUGGCUCUGGCAGUGCUGCAGAGCCCAUGGACACCAGCACGACUGCUGCCCUCUCAGCUGCCACCAGCUCCUCCUCUUCGUCCUUCUCCUUCUCCUUCUCAUCAUCGUCAUCCUCCACACAGACUGAAGGAGCUGCUGGAACUUCCACAGGACCCAACCACCCAUCCCCAGCAGAGUUCCUGGAGGUUCUGUCUGAGCUGCGCAGAGUGGAGGACCGGCUGCAGCCCUUCAUCAACCGCAGCCAGGAGAUCUUGAGCACAGCAACCAGCGCUGACUACAACAACAACGCACAGGAGCGUGAAGCGGACCAGUGCAUUCUCAAUCUGGUGGGGGAGGCCCUACGUUUACUAGGCAAUGCCUUUGUGGCUCUGUCUGACCUGCGCUGCAACCUUUCUGCUGCCACCCCCCGCCACCUUCAUGUGGUGCGGCCCAUGUCUCACUACACCUCCCCUGUGAUGCUACAGCAGUCAGGCAUCCCAAUACAGAUUAACCUGGGCACUCCGGUUACAAUGGCAGCCAAUGGGAGACAGGCUGCUGAGGGGCAGGCAGCUGCAGGUACAACCCCUGAACAGCAGAGGACAACAGAAGCACAGGCCACACCCACACAUUCACAGGUCCCGCCCCCACAACCCCAGGCCACACCCACACAACCCCAGGCUCAUCACAACCACCCACGAGUGAUUCGGAUCACACACCAUACCAUGGAACCAGUGGUCAUGAUGCAAAUGAACAUUGAUGAUUCGGGCACUGGACCAGCCCCAUCUGCAGCUCCAGGACAAGGCACAGGUGGCCUACCGCAAAUGCAGAUCCCAGGCCUCCCUGCAGAGUUUAUGCAGGCCAUUGUUCACCAGAUCACCCAGCAGGCUGUUUCCAUGGCAACGGCAGCAAGCUCGGGCCAGCAGGUGCCGGGGUUCCAACCCCCCCCAGCUCGUGUGGUUAUCACACGGCCCACUUUCACCCCCCGACCUCCUAACAUGACCCCGCGUCCCGCCAACGUGAACCUGCGUGCGCCACAGCCAGGGCAGCCCGGGGCACAGCAGCAGCCGGCUGGCCCCACCCCAAAUGCUUCUCUGUCCCAGAUGAUCAGUGGAUUAGUGGGGCAGCUCCUAAUGCAGCCUGUAGUGAAUGGUCAGGCAGGUGCUGCCGCACCCCCCUCCAGUGGUCAGGGAGCUCCGCCCUCAUCAUCAUCAUCAUCAUCUUCUCCCCCCUCCUCUUCUGCCAGCACUUCAGGCCAGACCAGCACCUCCACCACUAGCACUGCUUCCACUGGCUACCCUACCUCCACCGCCCCCCCAGAAGCCCAGCACAUCUCCCAGCUCUUGGGCUCCAUCUUGGGGGCUGGGGGUGCCAUGGGUAUGCCCCCCUCCAUCACUGUGAGCAUGCCGGGGGUGCCAGCUUUCAUACAGGGCAUGACAGACUUCAUGCAGGCUGCCCAGCAAGUCCCUGGUCCUCGCCAGUCCUCUGAUCCACAGCAGACCCCCCUAGCUCCUUCAACUGCCCCCCAGCAGACAGCAGCCCCACCUCCCCAGCAGCAGGCUGGGGCUGGGGCAGGGGCAGGAGGAGCAGCUCCUGAGUCUCUGAGCCCCGAGUUCUUCACCAAUGUGGUGCAGGGGGUUCUCUCCUCAGUGAUGGGAUCGCUGGGGGCUCAGCAGGACAGCACUGAGAGCAUCGCAGACUUCAUCCAGAGACUCUCCAGCACCAGCAACAUUUUUGAACCAGGCGCUGGGGCUGCUACAGGUUUCUUUGGAGACUUGCUGUCUUUGAUUUGUCAGAACUUCUCCAUGGUAGACAUGGUGAUGCUGCUUCAUGGGCAGUUCCAGCCACUGCAGAGGAUUCAGCCCCAGCUCUGCAGCUUCUUUAGAGAGCAGUACCUGCAGGGGCAGGAGCCCACUGAUGCCAACAUCAGGAUGGCAAGUGAGACCCUCAUAAAUGAGCUUGAAGAACACAUCAUUGAAAGUUUUUCAUCUGUGAGUGUUAGAGAAGGAGUUGACAUCACACGGACCAAUCUUGAUUUCCUGAGGGAACAAUUCAAUCGCAUUGCUACCCACAUACUUCAGUGUGCUGACCACACAUUCGGAGUUCGUCUGUUGGAGCUGUGUAACCAAGGCCUCUUUGAAUGUCUGGCCCUCAACUUGUACUGUCUAAGAGGAGAGCAGAGCGCCCUCACAGCCGUCAUCAACGACAGGAUUCGCCGGAUGUCUGCGGAUGUGAACCCCUCUCUAGUGAACUGGCUGACCACCAUAAUGGGAAUAAGACUACAGAUGAUUCUGGAGCACAUGCCUGUCACAGAGGAACAAAUCUUGCACUAUGUCAGGAACACACCGAGCGAGGCAGUUCCAGAGGCUGUGCCAGAGCCUUUAUCUGAAGAAAUGCCAGAGGUAAUGGAGAGAGAAACUACUUCAACAUCCCCAGUGCCAGCCACCACAGCAGAGGAAGCGAUGCCGUCUCCAGAGCAACCUGUUUCCAUGGGCGCACAGAGGGCGGAGCCAGAAUCAGAGCCUUGGGCAGCAGCCGUCCCCCCAGAGUGGGUCCCAAUCAUCCGUCAGGACCUCCAGACUCAGAGAAAGAUGAAGUCUCAGCCCCCUCUUAGCGAUGCCUACCUCUGUGGGAUGCCAGCAAAACGCAGAAAGACGGCUCAGAGCGACGGCCCGUACCCGUCACUAUCUGAAGCUGUAAAUCGAGCAGCAAGAACGGUUGGAGCCAAACCUAUAACCAGCCCUGAGAGUCUGCAGGGAGACCUGGACACACCUGAGCUGCAGGAAGCCUACACAAAUCAGGUGAAAUCAGACAUUCAAAAGAGACUACAGGAAGAUCCAGAAUACAGCAGGCAACGUUUUCCCAACACCCAUCAAGUAUUCGACGAGGAAUCCUAACCCACACCACCCCCCCCCCCCCCCCCCCCCCCCCCAAUCUAUCAGCUGAGCUUCGCUGUCCUGAUCUCUCACCUCACACAGCACACCCAGACAGCAAACACUCUUCAUUCUCUGCUAUGUUUUGCUGUGUGUAAAUUAUUUAAAUCGACGAAAAAACAACAAAAAUUCAUUCUAGUGAUAAUCCUGCUUCUGACAAAGUAGCGGACUGGAGAAUAAAGCUACGGGAAUUGAGAAAGAAAAAGCACUGGAAAGUUUCUUUUUUUCAUUGUUUUUGACAUGGUCAGAACUGCUUUUAUUGAAAUAUAUUAAUAAAACACCACAUUUCUCUAAAGCAAAUUGUAUCGCGCGUUCUAGAAUAGUAUUGUGUGUCGGGCCAUCUAGUAAGAAUUAUUCUAAUUUUAGUACUGUGCUUUCUUCCUGCUGUCCUCCAAGUAUUGGGACAGAAGAGAAAAUGCAGCUGAGGAUGGGGCAUUUGUUGUCCAUUUCACACCACUACUAAAACUCCUUUACAUGUUAACAAAAUAUCUUAGUUUCCCUGAACAGAAAAAUAUCUCCUCCUCAAAUGCAUGAGAAAGCUACCAGUGAUGAUUGUCCCCCGAAAUGUAUAUCAGCAGUGGUGGAGGACAGGUGUCUGGGUGAGGGGAAAAAUGCACAUGUAUUCAUACUGAAUGUCCCAAUAGUUGUUGGAGGAUACUGGUAUGUAAAAUUAGUUUUUUUUUAUUAGAAAUAAAUCAGAAUAUGAAGGCAGUGUUUGAUCUUCAUCGCUUCACUUGGUUCCAGUGUCUGUUCUUCAAACUGUCUCUCCCUCUCUACUGUAUAAAAUGGCAUACAUUGUUAUUGUAACAUUAACUCUUAACCUGCAUGACAAUUGUUGGAGCUUGGAGCUCUUUGAAUCAACCACUAUGUCGUUCAAAUCCGUUUUCUACCCUCCUUAUUGGCACUGAAAGCGAUAUUGCCCCUCUUUUCUAAAGGAGUGUUAACCAAGGUUUUUGAAAUUAUUUUUGGACUUUUAACGCCCGGAAAGAUCGCUUGUCCCCAUCUCUCUUUUUCUUUUGCUCAAUUUUUUCCAGCAUCAAACUUUUUUUUUUUUUUUUUUUUUUUUU